AUGCCAUCUUUGGGAAAUAUGUCAGAGUGCAAGACCCCAAAGCAAACUUCUGCGGAAAAGAAAAACGGUGAAUCCUUGUUGGUGCAACCCUUGCAUGAUAUUUCGCAAAGCACCCCUGAUAAUAGUCAACAUUACCGAGAGCGAUACUCGGUAACGGCUAAUGACACCACCGAUGGUGAAAAGGAAGAAGAACUUUGGUCUUCAAUCCAUACAGAACUGGUUAACGUUUCGAAUUUGACCUCGAUACACGAAGAUGACAAGGAAAACAAAAAUAAUCCAAGAUUCAUUACAUCAAUAGAGGGAAAGGAUAAGAAUGUAAUCAAUGAAACACCACACACACAACAACAUCAUCAAACGCCCAUAUUACAUAAGCUUGAUAGUUCUGCUGAGAUCUCAGCAAGAAUUGAUGCUAUCUCAAACAAAUCCAGUAUGGCAAACAUAGAUGCUACAAGUGAAAGAAAGAGAACGUUUUCGUCAACAGUUGAGGAUACACCUAAUAACACAGCCGCUUCCAAAAUAGCGAAAUUGAUGGACUCACCGCUCGCUUUUAGGAAACACAGCGUGGCAAACUCCAUAGCAUCCUCUGUUGCAAAUGACGAUAAAGUUUGGAACGCUGAACUAGAUGAGAUUUUGAUGAAGUGCCUUUACAAGUACCGUCAAUUCAAGGAUGAAACGUAUAUCAAUCAAUCACUGGUGCUUAAGAGAACAUCGCAAAAUAGAGUCUUAUCAAGAAUGAUAAUGAACAAAACGGGAAUUCUUAGAACGGCAAAGCAAAUCUCGUCACGGAUUUUCCGCUUGACCCGCUCAGGUAAAUUGCAAAAGGACUCAAGAUCACCUUUGAAUAUACACUCAAAUGGUGAAAUUGCAGAUGACCACGACAUUAUGUUUACUCCCUUGGAAGAAGUUUCCGAAAAUCAGCAUGCAUCGACGGACUCUAUCCUACGCGAUGCAUUGAUUGAUAAGGAAUUGGAUAUCUUGCUUUCUUCGUCACCAUUAGAUAUGUGCAUUCCCCAAUCAUCUCUGGCGCGUUUGGAUUUUAGUAUCAGAGAUUUCAAGCUCACGCACAAAUUCAAUGACCAAACUAUAGUGUUUACAAAGUUUACAUGUGAUACUGAUUCUUCUUCAAUACCAUCUGUAGCGUCAUCGGAGCUACAUCCACUUGUGAAUAGACUUGUACGGAAAACAUGCUUGGAUAAAAAUAUACCCGUUUUCAAAGUAUCACACAAUAUUAAUUUGAACCACCAUUGCCAUUUAGCUGCUUCCACACCAAUGUCUGCAAUAUCACCAACUAACGUGAUACACCCAACGAAUCUUUCACAAGGGCACAUGGAGUCCGUGUUGUCAAUAGCGGUGCAGUUGACUGAAGCUGAGCCAUAUUUAACUUGGUACAGCUCGGUUGAAGUAUUCAAAGGAAACCAAAGGCUUUUUUGCCACCAGGAUAUCAUUAUUGGUCUUUACAACCAAGAAACAAAAAAACACAUUUUCCAAAUCCCACUCCUCAAAAACUUUUUUGCUGGACAUAUCAGUUACUUGAUGAAUGGGGCGGCAAUUACGCAUGAGGAAAACAUUUACAUAGCUCAAACUAUUUCCAGCAAAAAGGAGACGAACAAUUUGCCAGAUCAAAAUUCAAAUAGAGUUUACUUGAUACAUGAUUUUGAUGUAACUGGAAAUAAAGGCUUGACCACUGUUGAGCAAAUUCAAAAUCAACAUCGUUAUUCUCGUGAUGAGCUAACUCAUGAGUACCAGCAUCAACGCAACUUUGUUGUAGAUUCUUCAAGGGACAAAGAUGAUAAUGAGACUAUUCUAGCUGACUCAUCUCCGUACAAGUCCAGUAGUCCUCCGCGUUCAGCUUCAGCUUUGUUAGAGGCACAUACGCCGAGUAAAAAAUUACGGAUCGAUGUUCAAAAGGCCAAUGAUAGGGUUGGGGGGUUUAUUAUGGGACCAAUGACAGCACCAGUGUAUAAUUCUGAUGCAAUCGUCAAAUCAACUCAAACUAGUUUGCAAGAUUUACAAAAGUUUAAUCCAUCUUUUAAUGUUUUGAAUAACAAAGUUGCACGUCCAAAUCCAAAUCCAACCCAGAAACCUGAAAAUUCGUUCUCCCAGUCACAACAAACAAGACUUGACCAAACUGAUGGUCUGGGUCUAAAUCUGGGCCAUGGUCAAAUUCAAAAUCGUAUGAAUAUGGGCAUGGACGUGAAUACGGUUCAAAGUACAUCGGCUAAUGGUGCAUUCCAUCCCUUUCCUCAACCGGGUUCCAAUCAGAUUUACAACCAGCAGGUCUAUCAAAUAACUGGAUCCAAACAGUCGCAUCUGCAAAACACAAUUACAGCUCAACUGCAACUGCAACUGCAACUGCAAAUGCAAAUGCAAAUGCAACAUCAGCCCAACCCAAUAUUUUUGCAACAGGUUGGACGUACAGCACUGGCCCCAUUUAUCAUGGCAAGUGAUAGAUUUGUAAGAACAGCUCCAGCGCCUGCUCGCGAAUUUCCAAAUGCUCAUAAUGCAUCAUUCACUGGUCAGAUCUCAAAUCAACAACACCCAAUGCAAUUUUGUGCUAAUAAUCAAUUUGAUGUACCACCAGGCUUGAUAAAUAAUUCAAAUGCAUACUUGAGUAACUCACAAUCUACUCAACACUUUGACAAAAGUAACAAAAACAGUAAUAGCACUAGUUCCAGCAGUAGCAACAAUUCCACUGCUAACAAAAUUGCUAAAAAUCCCAAUAUCAACAACGGUGCUGGCAAUAAUACCACACGAAAUACUCAUCGGAACUCGCUAUCAUCCCAGUCUAAUCUGCAGUUUAAACCCAUGGAAUUAACAUUUUGCCCUAUUAUUGAGUACGAUCCUUCCAAAAACUCAAAAUCUAUCCAGCAAAAAAUCAACAACCCUGCUAAAGGCGUACAUUGCUUUCCAAUUAAUCAACCUGUCAUCUACAAGCCAAAAAAAUGA